AUGGCUCCUUACGCAGAGAUUGUGUACCAACUGAUGCAUGAGACACCUCUGCAGCUGCAAGCACUGCUACUGCUCUUUUUCAUACUACUACUGCACCUGGCCACCAUAACCAGCAGCAGAAACAAAGCAAAGCGUCUGCCUCCUUCCCCUCCGGGGCUCCCUGUCAUAGGCCAUCUCCACCUCGUCGGUGACCUCCCUCAUGUCUCCCUCUGCAACCUCUCUAGGACGCACGCCCCCGACGGCCUCAUGCUCCUCCGCCUCGGCGCCGUCCCGAACCUCGUGGUGUCAUCCCCGCGCGCCGCCGAGGCGAUCAUGCGGACGCACGACCACCUCUUCGCGUCCCGCCCGCCGUCCAAUAUCGCAGCGUUGCUGCUGUACGGGCCAUCGUCGGGCAUCGGUUUUUCCCCCUACGGCGAGAACUGGCGGCAGGCGAGGAAGCUCGUCACCACCCACCUCUUCAGCGUUAAAAAGGUCCAGUCGUACCGCGUCGCCCGUCUACACGAGGUGAAACAGGUGAUGGCAAGGAUAAGCGAGGCGGCGGCGUCCAACGCGGCCGUCGACCUGGGCGAGACGAUGAACGCGUACGCCAACGACAUGGUGUGCCGCGCCGUGUCGGGCAAGUUCUUCAGGGCGGAAGGCCGGAACAAGUUGUUCAGAGAGCUGGUCGAGGCAAACACGGCUCUCCUCGGAGGGUUUAACCUCGAGGACUACUUCCCAAGGCUAGCCAUUCUCAAUAGGUUCGUCUCCAACAAGGCCGAGCAGGCCCACAGGAGAUGGGACGAGUUGCUGGAGACCAUAAUCAGCGAUCACGAGAAGAACUCGAUGCACCAAGAGAACGGGACCGGUGAGCAAGAAGAGACCGACUUUACCGACGUGUUGCUGUCGGUUCAGCAAGAGUUCCAAGGUAUCACCAGAGACCACAUCAAGGCCAUCCUAAUGGACAUUUUUGCCGCGGGCACGGAAACAUCGGCUUUGGUCUUAGAAUCCGCCAUGGCCGAGCUCAUACGCAAUCCUCAACUCAUGAUCAAGCUGCAAUCGGAGGUAAGAAACAACACUCCCAGGGGACAAGAACUCGUCGAGGAAGAGAACCUUUCCGGCAUGAACUAUUUGAAGGCCGUGGUGAAGGAGACACUCAGGCUGUACCCACCGGUGCCACUCCUUCUCCCUCACCUGGCCAUGACUGACUGCGAGGUUGACGGCUACACAAUCCCUGCUGGAACACGAGCCAUCAUCAACUCGUGGGCUCUCGGCAGAUACCCUGGCUCCUGGGAGAAACCAGAGGAGUUCGUGCCAGAGAGGUUCCUCGAGGGUGGUGCCACAGCAGCGGUGGACCUGAGGGGAAAGGACUUCCAGUUCGUGCCGUUUGGGGCUGGCCGGAGGAUCUGUCCUGGACUCAACUUCGGGUUGGCUACAGUCGAGAUCAUGCUGGCGAACCUGGCGUACUUCUUCGACUGGGAGCUUCCGGCUGGUGUGAAGAAGGAGGACGUCGAUAUGGCAGAGGUGUUUGGCCUCACGGUUCGUAGGAAGGAGAAGCUCAUGCUUGUCCCCAGAACCCAUACAGCCGUGUGAUCGGUGUAUAGUGUGCAUGUGCCGUAGUUCAUGCUUGCGUGUGUGCUCAUGUUCACAUUUGCAUACAUACACGAUG